AUGGCAAGACCCAAGGAUGCGCACCUCCUCCACCUCCAGCAGACCGAGCCCAACCCCUUUUCGCGUCCCGCGACCCCCGGGCAUCAUGCCGUGCAAAUCGGAUUCUGCGGCCUGGGCGCGAUGGGCUAUCCCAUGGCACGCAACAUGGCGAAGUGGCGUAAAGAACAUGUCCAGGGUGGGCUCCCAGUCGUCGUGUGGAACCGUACAAAGGUCAAGGGAGAUGCUCUCGCCAAGGAGCUUGGGCAAGACAUCAUCUCGGUAGCGGCGUCCCUCGAGGAAGUGGUCUCUGAGUGUGACAUCAUCUUCACAAACCUCUCCAACGACGAGGUCGUGCUGAGUGUGUACCAGACCUUCGUGAAGACACUAGAGGACGGGAAACAAGCAAAGGGUCGGAUCUUUGUCGAGACGAGCACUAUCUACCCGACCGUGGCGGCUAAACUCGAUGUUCUCCUCAGCAGUAUUCCCUCCACAACAUUCGUGUCAUCCCCUGUCUUCGGUCCUCCAGCGACGGCCGAAGUCGCCCAACUUCUCAUCGUUAUGUCUGGAGACUACCGCUCCAAGAAGGAAGUUGCUCACAUUAUGUACCCCUCGGUUGGUCGGAAGGUCAUAGAUCUCGGUGGAAACAUUGAGAAAGCUUCGACUUUCAAGCUCAUUGGAAACAGCAUGAUCCUGGGCUCUUUAGAGCUUAUCGCAGAAAGUUUCGCUCUAGGCGAGAAGGCCGGCAUCGGGGCACCCAUGACGUACUCUCUCAUGAAGGAGCUGAUUCCUGCACCAUUGUUCACUGCAUACGGUGACAAGAUGUUGCACGACAAAUUCGACGGGACCAAGGGCUUCGCCAUUGACGGCGGAAUCAAGGACUCUCAGCACAUUCGACGACUGACGACCGAGCUGAACUCUCCUAUGCCCUCCCUGGACGCUGCCCACCAGCAUCUGCUCACGGCUCGCGCCCUUCACCAGGCCCAAAUCCAGCGCGGCGAUGCGCACUUCGAUGUGUUGGACUGGAGUUCCCUGAUUGCUGGAGCACGAGUCGCUUCCGGCCUGGACGCGUUCGACAGUUCAAAGCACGGCAAGGUUGUACCCGAGAAAGAGGAGUGA